AUGUCGCAAACAUUCAAGCCAUUCCUCCUUCCAUUGCUUGGUGGCUUUGCUCUUAUGCUCCUCCUAGUUCAUGCCCGGGAUGAUCAACCAGGAUUCAUUAGCAUAGACUGCGGCCUUGCCGGAAAUUCCAGCUAUACUGAAAACACAACCGGCAUUAACUACAUUUCAGACGAAACCUUCAUAGACACGGGUGAAAGAAAAUCCGUGUUACAGGAAUAUGGCUAUAGGUAUCAAGAGCCCUACACGUCUCUUAGGAGCUUCCCUGAAGGAAACAGAAACUGCUACGAGAUCAAUGUUACUGAUGGCUACAAGUAUUUAAUCAGAUCAAGUUUCGUAUAUGGGAAUUAUGAUGGCCAAAAUAAAGUUCCUGAAUUCGAUCUGCACCUUGGAGCUAACUUAUGGAGCUCGGUGAAGUUGGAGAGCUCCGGGGUCCCAUUUAUAUCAGCUCUAGAAAUAAGGCCUUUAUUGAAUGGAUCUUAUGUAACUGAAGGGGAGUCCUUGGCACUUGACAUGCGAUUUGACACGGGUCAAAACGCUAAUUUAACUUCAUAUCGGUGA